UGCAUCAAUACCAAAAGGAGCAGAGAGAGGGUUGCGUUGGGUUGCGCUAAUGUACACGUACAGUGGUACUGUUACUAAACUCUGUUGAUUUUCGUAAGAUAAUGUCAACGAUGCGGAUGAAAGCAGUGAGGUGUCCUACAGACGAGCUCAGUCUAUCCAACUGUGCUAUUAUUAAUGCUGACGAUUUUCCCGACGAUGUCAGACACAUUGAAGUAACCACAGCACCGAAUUAUCAUUUUGUGUUCACUGUGAGAACACAUCAUGAAAUUCCACGUUGUACGGUUGGUUUUAGCUUGCCCCAACGAAAAUGGGCAACAUUGUCUCUUAAUCAAGAAAUUGAAGUUCGACCUUAUCACUUUGAUCCAACUUCAAACACGGAAUGUCUAUGUACCAUUGUUUUGGAAGCUGACUUCUUGCAGAAAAAAACUGUCACUUUGGAGCCAUACAAUACAGAUGAAAUGGCCAAAGAUUUUUUGCUACAGUUUUCAGGCCAGGCAUUCACCGUGGGUCAGCAGCUGGCAUUCCAGUUUAAAGAUAAGAAAUUGCUUGGCUUGGUUGUUAAAAGUUUGGAAGCUGCCGAUUUAUCAGCCAUUAGUUCAGGACAAAGCACAGUACCCAAGAAAACCAAACUGGGUCGGUGCUUAGGCGAUACCGUGAUACAAUUUGAGAAAGCAGAAAAUUCUAGCUUGAAUCUCGUUGGACAAGCUAAGGGAAAAGCAGUUCGACAAGCGAUUAUAAAUCCAGAUUGGGACUUCCAGAAAAUGGGUAUUGGCGGUUUGGACAAAGAAUUUAGCGCCAUUUUCCGAAGAGCAUUCGCAUCUCGUGUUUUCCCGACGGAGGUUGUCACCCAGUUGGGAUGCAAACACGUAAAAGGAAUUUUACUAUAUGGACCUCCUGGUACCGGAAAAACAUUAAUGGCUCGGCAAAUAGGAAAGAUGUUAAAUGCAAGGGAGCCAAAAAUUGUAAAUGGUCCACAAGUUUUGGAUAAAUACGUUGGAGAAAGUGAAGCUAACAUCAGAAGAUUGUUUGCUGAUGCAGAAGACGAAGAGAAAAGGCUUGGUCCAAACAGUGGACUUCAUAUAAUUAUAUUCGACGAGAUAGAUGCCAUUUGUAAGUCGCGAGGUAGCGUUGCCGGAAACACAGGAGUUCACGAUACAGUUGUUAAUCAGUUACUUGCAAAGAUCGAUGGUGUCGAACAACUAAAUAACAUUCUCGUUAUCGGUAUGACUAAUAGAAGAGACAUGAUUGACGAAGCUUUGUUGAGACCUGGGAGAUUGGAGCUACAAAUGGAAAUAAGCUUGCCCGAUGAACAUGGACGUUUUCAAAUUCUCAAUAUUCACACAGCCCGAAUGAAAGAUUACAAAAAGAUAGCGCCUGAUGUAGAUUUAAAAGAAUUGGCGGUGUCAACGAAAAAUUUCAGCGGUGCGGAGUUAGAAGGUUUAGUCAGAGCAGCACAAAGUACUGCUAUGAAUCGAUUAAUUAAAGCUUCUAACAAGGUGGAAGUAGAUCCAGCUGCGAUGGAAAAACUCAUGGUGACCAGAGGUGACUUUUUCCAUGCGUUGGAGCAUGAUGUUAAACCGGCAUUUGGUACGAGUGCUGAACAAUUGACUCAAUUAUUGACGCGUGGAAUUAUCAAUUGGGGUAAGCCAGUGGCUGAGAUUCUUGCUGAUGGUACUUUGUGCAUUCAACAAGCCCGUGCAACUGAGGGAGCUGGGCUUGUGUCUGUUCUUUUGGAAGGACCACCGAAUAGUGGAAAGACAGCACUCGCCGCGCAAAUUGCAAAGAAUUCUGACUUUCCAUUUGUUAAAGUAUGCACACCAGAAGAUAUGGUUGGUUAUAUUGAAUCAGCCAAGUGUCUUUCUAUAAGGAAGGUAUUUGAUGAUGCGUAUCGUUCGCAGCUCAGUUGUAUUUUAGUCGAUAACAUAGAACGUCUAUUAGAUUACGGACCAAUUGGGCCAAGAUACUCUAAUCUAACUUUGCAAGCACUUUUAUUAUUAUUGAAAAAGACGCCGCCUCCAGGUCGUAAACUAUUGAUUCUAUGCACUUCUAGUCGCAGACAAGUAUUAGAUGAUCUGGAAAUACUCUCAGCAUUUAAUACUAUUCUUCAUGUGCCUAAUUUAUCAACUCCCGAUCAUUUGUUGAAUGUAUUGGAAGAAGUUGAUCUCUUCUCGAAACAUGAAAUGGCUUCUUUACACGCAAAGCUUCAAGGAAAACGGGUAUUUAUUGGUAUUAAAAAGUUACUGUGUCUGAUAGACAUGGCACGUCAAGUGGAACCGACUUAUAGAGUUGUUAAGUUCUUAUCCAAAUUGGAGGAAGAAGGUGGCCUAGAAUAAGUAUAGUUUAUUUCAUGCUAAUUUUGAUUGCACAUAGCCACUGUGCUACAUUCCUCCUUUGGCCACUAAAAGGAAUGCAUUCUCAGAUCGUAGUAAUUUAUGUAGAAAUAGAAAUUUAGUGGCAAAGUAUAGUCGGUGAUACCUAGAUUUUCUGUAUGUCACAGUAAGUUUCCAAUAGAUAUAAAAGGAAAUAAUAUCAGCUUACAUUUUGUGAUGCAUAUCUGAAAACCAAUAUAUCAAUUCCAUAUAUUUUGAGAUAUAUAAGAAUAAAGAUGUUACUUCGGUUAGUUGCAGAAAUAAGUACUGGAAUAUUUUGUAUAAUUCUUGCUUUUGUAUAAUUACUUACGUGGGACGCCUCAUGUAGUUUUGGAUUAGCUGAAAGCUGACUUAUAGUUAUAUACGUAUCUUAUUUAAAAAGAUAAACUUUCUUAUUUAAAAAAUAUUUUGUGAAAAAUUAAUUUUUAAUUUCUUUCUCUCUCUCUCUUUUUUAAAAAUAUGUUCAUGUUUGAAAAUAUCUGAUUGUUGUGCAUAAUAACGAUGUACAAUUAUUGUAUAGUCAUCAUGAUAACAUGUAAAAAAAAAUGGAAAUAUCCGAUUACACAUGCAAUAUCUUCCGAUUUUAGUGUAAAAAUUAUUUACUACAGCGCAUUACUUUCUUAUGCAGAUUAUGUAAAUAAGAGAUGAUUAAAUUGGUAGGAACAAUGAAUAGAGAAAUUUAUACAAAAAUUAUAUGCAUUUAUGUUUAUCUUAUUUACUAUAGAAAUGACAAUUGCAAACAAGAUAAUUUUUUAAAUCUUAUCGCUGAUUUGAGAAUUUAGAAAUAUUUUGUUUCUUUUCCAAAGUUUACUUAAAGCGAUAGGAAGAGAUUUCUAUAAUGCAGAGAGCAGGACCGCAAUAUAAAAAACCUUGCUAUGGGUAUUAUAAUAAACUAAAUGUGUAUUUAUAUAGUUGUAUAUUGCGUAAUAUAUUUCAACAUAUACAGUAGAAAAGGUAGUAUCUCAAAAGUACAAUUGAGAUUUUAGAACAAUGCUUCUCAAUCAGAAUAUUGUUAGAAACAAAGUUAUAUUAGCGAAAUAAGAGAAAUGCAAUAUUUACACGCGCGAAUAUAUUUAUUUUAAUCAAGAACUGCAAUAAUUAUCAGUUUAGGUACGAACAGUCCAUUGGCACACAUGUAACAUUACGAGUUGCAAUUAUCACAAUAAACAAUUUAUUUUUAAUGAACAUUUGUCUUUCACAUGUGCUGAUAUGUGAAAACCAUUGGGAAACACUGUUCUACUUUGUAGUUCAGAGAAAGAUGUUUUUGUUUGUAAAAACAAACGAAUUGUUUUAUUCUCAAGAAAGGAAGUAGAUCUUGUGGUAUUUCAACUUUUAAUUACCAAACACAAUAUUAUAUACAAAGAGAUAUGUACUUGUUAUAUUCUCAUAUGCCCUAUAUGUAUUGUUGAGUGCAUUGGCAAGUGCACAUGUAUAUUGUAUGCAAUGGAUGAUCCUAUAUUACACGUUGGUUCAAUAUAUCCGUCUGUCUUUAUAUUUCAGAAAUUAUAAUUAGUAUGAAGUAGUUAUAAGGACAGCCGAUUUAGUCAAUAUUUGGGUAAGCUCUUCGCUAUAUUUUUGGCACGUAACAGAGAAGAUCAUUCCGAUGUUGUAGUUUGAUAUAUAUUUAUUCUUGAAUAAUUACAAUGAUAAUAAAAACUAUAUACCAUUUUAUUUGUUGGCGCUAAUUAUAUAUAUAUAUAUAUUUAUUUAUGUUAAGUUUUUUUUAAGAAAGAAAUGUACAAGCGUAGGACAUAUUUUAGCAUUGUGAGAAAAUAAUGCGACUUUUAACUAUAUAAGUUUAUCUAUUGGAGAGAGAUGUUUUUUUUGUAUACACAAAACAUGUUUACUUGUUGUGUUAUUGUAUUUAUUAUAGCUUCUAUCAAGAUGUAAUAUUUCGUACACAUACGAUUAUAGAGCGGUCUGUGUAUAUUCAAGAAAAAUUUGCGUUAUACAUAUAGAUAUGUCUCAUAAACAAUUUUACUUGUGUGCAGUAUUCUUUAAAACAUAUAUAUUGUAAUAUAUAUAUAUAUAUAUACACAUCUCUGUAUUACACUGUUGUGCAUUUAUCAAUGUGAUCUCUAUUAUUG